AUUUGCGACAAUGUUGUUUCACAUUGCUGCCGCGGCAGUGCUGACGAACAUCGCCUUUCUAGAGAUUUACACGAUAUACAACCUACCGGAAAUUACAGACACCCAAUUUCUAUCGGACGAGAAUCCUUUGCAUCGUGUGUUCGUAUACGGCACAUUAAAACGAGGAGAACCUAAUCACAGCUUAAUUCAAGAUGCUGCAAAUGGGUAUGCAAAAUUCUUAGGACUUGGAAAAACCAGCACUCCAUACCCAUUAAUAAUUGCAACUCAAUAUAAUAUACCAUUUUUGUUGAAGAAACCUGGUUUUGGUCACCAUGUAUUUGGCGAAAUAUACGAUGUCGACACGAAAAUGUUGAAGAAGUUGGACGAAUUGGAAGAACAUCCAACGUUUUACGAACGAUCGCAGGAAGAUGUGCAUUGGGCGACAGAGGGCAAGGCCAAGUCGACCGAUAACUUUGACGAGGUCAGUACCUUGAUAAAGGUCUGGAUAUAUUUUCUACCAAAGUUCAGGGCAUCCUUAUUGGAGAGUCCCAUGUACAGCUCGUACAGCAACGAGGGAAGCCACGGACUCAAGUAUUGCGAAAAGUAUGUUCGCGACCCCUCGUACAAUCAUAGAAACGACGUUCAGUGAUACUUUAUCCCCCGAAAUAUAUUUGUUUCCAGCGAGGAGAGUACAAUAAGGCCGGAAGACCUGCUCUGACCAAGCUGUUUUGCAUAAUUAUGUUGUUGACCCUUCAUCGUACGAACGCUUCAACGUUAUAUUGUUAAUCGUGAUAGUUAAUAAAAGUUUCUUCGUCGAAUGAAAUUAUUGGGAUUUAACCUUCUGCAAUCCGAUAUGUCCUUUUCCCCCACGAACAACUAGUUUUCUCAUCGUAUUCUUUUCCCCUCGAAGACACGUCGAAGAUUGCAGAGGAUUAAAUCGUAUCUCUCGUUAAUUUCCAUCGCAACGAGUUAACAAUUGCAGCAACGCUACGUCUCUCACAAAGCGAAACUAAUCGUUGAAAAGGCGUCUUGAAACUUCGUGUAACAAUCAAAAGUACUUGCAUAAUACCUAUGUACAUU